AUUAAAGUAAUGGACAGAGCAGAGACUGUAGACGCUGUUUAAGUCUAUAAGUCUGAGGGACAGGCCGAGGUUUAAAUUAAACUUUUCACUCUCUAAACUUCAGAUUUACACGGACAUGGACGAAGAGCUCACGGCGGGGUACUCUGAGCCCUGCCCCCGCUGCUCUGAACUGCUGUGGGGGGUGACAGAGGAGGGCCACUUCUACUGUAAGAACUGCCACAACGUCAUCGAGAGGACGAGGGAAGCAGUGGAACUCGGUACACCAGGGACUGCCCGAGUGUCCAGUAUCAGGAAAGGCCCAAGAGUAAAGAGACCAGAUGGGGGACGUCAGUGGGUGGUCUGUGAGGGAUUCCAGUUCAUUCUGAAGGCUCAGGCUGAAGCUCUGGUGAACCUCGGAGUGAACCACAAGUUUAAGGAUAUGGUUCUGGUCCGAAUCUGGAGGCUCUAUCUGCAGAGGACCCGUCAGGCCUACACCCACACGCCCGAGCAUACCGUCUCCUUCAGGCUAGCCAAGAGUCACCCUGGGUUGCACUCAGACUCUGGUUCUGGUCUGGACUCUGGUUCUGGUCUGGACUCUGGUUCUGGUCUGGACUCUGGUUCCAGUAUGGACUUGGGGUCUGAUCUAGAAUCCAGGUCUAGACUGGGGUCUGAGAUCUACAGCUGUGACUCUGACACUUCUCAAGGCAGCACGGCCAGGUCUGCAGCCUCUGUCAUAGAGCUCUCUGGUUGGUCGACGGGCUCAGUGGACAGUAAUGACUACGUGUCUCGGUCGGGGAAGAAGAGGAGGGGGCAGAUGUCCAUGAGGAAGACCCUGGCUCUGCUCCACGUGGCUCUGGUCUGGAGUCGACAAAAGAUCACACUCACAGACCUGUUAUGUCUGGUGGAGCAGGGCCUGGUGCCGUACCUCCACGCCUACGAAUGUUUCCCUGAAGAAAUGAAAAUGAACAACAGAGACGGCCUCAUCUUUAGAGUCCAGUCCAUGCCGACCUACUCCAUGAUCCACUCCGAGUCCAAAGACCUCAUCAAAUUACUCCAACUUCCCUCUUUUCCACCAAUCAGCUUGCAGAGUCCUCUGCACCCUCUGAACUUGAGUCGGAGAUACCUGACCGAACUCAAUCUGCCAGAUGAAAUGGCAAAGUGGGUGGAGUUUAUCUUGGACCAAGCAGACCUCAUGAUCUCCAAACAUCUUACCGUUGACCCCAGUUAUCGUCCGAAGCCCAGAUUUCCUCAUUACGAGCUGUUAGCUGCUGCUGCUAUCAUUGUUAGCAUGAAGCUCCUGUUCGGACUCGACGACAAAACUGAGUGGGAGCUGUCUUCAAAAGCUUCCUCAAAUAAAUCAGGCAACGUGUUCAGUCUGAGGAGGUGGUACCGUCUGCUGCAGUCAGCUUUGGUCCGGGGCCAGAGGAGGAGACUACAUUUCAAAGCCCGUAAGCAGUGGACCCCAAAGAAGCCGUUUUAUUUCAGUUACAAUGAGAAGGUCGUGGCUCUGAAACGCAGACGAGUGUCUGAGCAGCUCAUUUCCUGUUUCAAGCGGCUCGCGUCAGGUCAACACAGCGACACCCAGAGUUUGGCUCAGAGGGGCGAGGCCGGCAGCGUUCACUUUCUGUGGGGGCAGAGUCAUGAUGCAGAUGGGCGGAGCAUGCAUCACAUGACCCUGAAGGGCGGGACCAGGACCAUACAUGACAAUCUGCUUUCAGACAAGAACUACUGGCACCCGCCUUUCAUGAACUGCCACAGAUGCAAGGAGCACUUCUCGUCGCUCAAAGAAGAUGUCCCUCGGAUGUUCCUCUGGCUCCUGGAGCUCUUCUCUUUCAUCCUCCAUCUGAAGGUGGACAUUUUAUUUGAGGCUGUGGUGAGGUUGGAGCGCAAACUUUUUAAAAUCCCAAACUCACGGAAUCGGAAAAAAGCAAAAAGACUGAAAAAGAGGAGAAUUGUCAGAAGAAAGAUCAGGUCUGAUCCCAGAAGUAGACGCAGCAGGAGUCAACCAUGAAGAGGGACCUCUCCGGAUUCUCUAAGAACUGGACUUUUAAUCAAAAAGUUUCUUCAGACAGCGUUUUAUAAGUUUCACUUUGUGUUGUGAAGGGGGAGUGGCUUAAAAAUCAAUCACCUGCAUCCCACUAAUGGAAACUACUGCACAUCAUAUCAGGUGUGUAGUUUGUAUGACGUUUUUGUAUAUUUAUGGAGAAUUGUUGUGUGGGAGCAUGGGUGAUGUAGGCUUGUGGGUGGAGCUUUGUACAGGCUCAUACUGCUAACCGUAAAGAGGGUUCAAAUAGGGCCCGGGAGAAAUUGUUAGAAUACUGAAACAUGCAUGGAUGACAUCUAAAACCUCUUCAGGCAUGUUUUUGAUGAGAGAACAACGUUAUAGUAUGGUAGAAAGCUCCAAAAAAAGAUUUUGCAUAAUCCUCCCUCAUUAAAGUUUAUAUCUGGAAUGUGUGCAGUGACUCCCCCUACUGGUAUAAAAUGGCAUUAGUCACUCAGGACUUUUCUUCAGUGUAUAACAGCUAACUCAGGGUCCGAAUUUUGGCUGCAUCCCAAUUCUCUUUCCUCGCCUAUAUACCUCUUUUCUUCAGCUGUCAAUUAAAUGCACCACUGGGCGGUGGUCAGAUAAAAUUAAUCUUUGUCAGAGGGAAGAGUCUGUAGUCAAACAAGUAAUAGUCAUGCAGCAAAACAAAGUGUCUAUUCAAAAAAAUGUUCAAGUGUCAGUAAAGAACUUUGUGAAAGGGCCCUUGUAGAGAGCCCUGGUUUUAGUUGUAGGAUCUGGCAACCCAAAGUGACCUCUACUCAUCAUUUUAGUUCAAGAAAAUUACCCAAUGCACAUUUUCAUAAAAAAUUUACAAAAAUGUGCAUAGAAAACAUUGAUAACAGUAAACAUGUAUUUGCAUAAGAAAUCUUGACCCAAACUCAAAAUGCACAU